GCUUAAAUUUCCCUCCACCCAUUUUCACUUCAAUUCACUCAAACUUAAAAAAAAUUUCUCAUAUCCUCUUCCUUCCAAAAGUAUCCAUUCUACUCUCCUGAAAUCUCCCAUUCUACUCUCAGACCAAAUUUGUGCAAGUUCCAUCUUCAAAUUUCUUUCGAAUUGAGGAUCUUGAUCCCUGUACCAAACCCUAACCAUUUUGGGUAAUAACCUCCAUACCAAACAGAGCAUUAGCCCUACGCUCGUCUCCAACAUGGACCAGAAUCCUGACGCCAUCACUCCAGGCAUCGACAACCAAGAUCGCCCUUUUGUUCUUAGGAAGCGUAACCUAUGGAGACAGUUGAGGAGGAACAAGAGUACAACUGCAGGGAGGUGUUGCUGCCUUCUUUGAUCCUUAUUGUACCCGAACCGGAGUUGGAGAGGGAGACGGAAGAAAGGAGGAGAGGCCGAGACAUUUGAUUGGGCCCUUAUUCACUUCUGCAGGAUUGCUGAUACCCUCCAUCUUGUUAAUGCUGUUUCCAGUGUUAAAAAUGAGGUGGUUCAUGAAGCUAGCCAGGCGCUUAUGGAGAAGCUAGCUGUUGAGGCGUAUCAGGUUGCAAUGGU